UACGAGUCGGAGUAAGAUGUGCGCGUUGCACUUAGCUAAAAGUCAAAUAAUUCGAUGACCUGUUUUAUACAUUGUUGAACUUUUGAGUACAAAAAGGAAUUUUCGGAAUGUUUUCUUAUUAGAAAAUAAAAAAAAAUACAAAUUUAGUGAUUUUAAGGAUGCGAAAAACAAAGAAUCUGCGUAAAAGAUGAAAUUAGCAACAAAAAUUAAAUGUUUGAAAUAUCUAGUAUAUGCCUAUAUAAUAUUGCUGACGAUUGUCGGAGCAUGUCAGAUCGUGAUCGGAGGGGGACUUAUCUACAUGCAUAUGCGCUACAAGUCAAUCACAUAUGAUGCAUUUUAUUGGCCUGCCAUUAUUUUACUCCUUUCGGGACCAGCUGUCUUUCUCUUAUCUUGGUUUGGCUGGAAUGCAGCUGCAAAAAAGCAUCGUUCUUACCUGACAGUUUUCAGUGUCGGCUUAGUCGCGUUACUUUGCGUGCAGUUCUGGAUUUGCGGAUAUGCCGUGUCAGUUCGAGAAUCUCUGCCCUCCGCUGCCGAAUAUCAAAUUUCCAAUUCGUUCCAUGAGUAUUUCCGAAACCAAAGUGACACAAAUCACAUUUGGAAUCGCCUUCAGACCGACAUGAAAUGCUGUGGGAUCUUCGGUGUCAUGGAUUAUCGUCAUGCGUCGCAACGUGCUUCCCAACCAGCAAUUCCAUGGGCGUGUUGCAGUCAAUCCGAGGAUCCGCACGAGCCAUUUUGCAAACAUGUCUUCCAACGGGGAUGUUUACAAGCGUUAUCCGAGGACAAUCGGAAGGGAUUACUGAUAUGCGCGUUGACGGCAAUCGCAUGUGCCGUUCUACAGAGUUUCGGAUUGUUCUGUGCCAUUCAACUGGUUAUUUUGCUCGGAAGAACGACGAGUUUUGAUGUUGAGCGACGCGAAGGCAGUGCACCGGCACGAACGAUGGAACGGAGAGAGCAGAAAGAGUUGACGCCGCUCGCUAGUUCGCCAUCGAGGAAGAAGGCGCCGCCAUUGCCUGUGGGAAUUCCUGUUUUACCUCCAACUGCAGGCGAGAAAAGUCAUUACAAGAGUAAAAUGGAAAUCGAAAAAGAGAGAAAUGGCAGUUAAACUGCCGAUAAAAAAAUUUUUUUUAUACGAAAUCACGUGCUUCCAACGAUUAGAAAGGAACAAUAAUUUUUAAAAAAUAGUAAUUUUACAUGAAAAUUUUGCAUUUUACGUCGAAUUAUCACACAAACUUUAGUACUUAGAUGUAAGUUAUUUUAUAAAAAAAAAAAUUUAGAUACUUAAAAAUUUUUUUUUACUUAA